CCCAUGGAGGUUUGAAAUUCGUCCCGGGACAAUACCACAUAGGUGGACAUUGGGGUGCUGUGUUCUCAGUUUAACUGACUGCAAUACAGUACACAGGGCUGAAUGAGUGUGGUAAACACUAAAUCAGGCACAGCGAUGCAACAGGUGUUGGAUAAUUUGCGUGAGCUGCCUCCCUCUACAGGAGCUAAAGACAUUGACCUCAUCUUCCUGCGUGGGGUUAUGGACAGUCCUAUCGUCCGCUCACUUGCCAAGGCUCACGAGCGUUUGGAGGAUGUGAAGCUGGAACCUGUGCGGGAGAAUAAUGUGGAGUUGGUGUGUGAGAUCCUGUCAGAUAUCAGUGGUCUGAGCGACCAAAACGACAGCGCUGCGGAACUCUCCAGAAUCCUCCGGGAGCCUCAUUUUCAGUCCUUGUUAGAAGCUCAUGACAAAGUGGCUUCCAAAGCUUAUGAAGUUCCUCCUGUGGCCGCCAACAGCGUCUCAGCCAGGAGUCCCUGUCUUAUGUCGCCUGAUGCCAUUCGCAUGGUCAGCAUCCAGAAGAAAGCAGGAGAGCCUCUAGGUGUGACUUUCCGUGUGGAGGGUGGAGACCUCGUCAUUGCACGUAUUCUGCACGGCAGUAUGAUUGACAGGCAGGGAAUGCUCCACACUGGUGAUGUCAUUAAGGAGGUGAAUGGGCGGCCGGUGGGCAGCGACCCCACAGCCCUGCAGCACGUCCUCCGAGACUGUAGGGGCAGCAUUACACUGAAGAUCCUUCCCAGCUACAGAGACACACCUCCACCUGCACAGGUCUUUUUGAAACCACAUUUCAACUACAGUCCUGACACAGACAGUUUGAUCCCCUGUAAGGAGGCAGGCUUGGCUUUCUCUCGGGGGGACAUCCUGCAUGUGGUGAACCGUGAUGACCCUAACUGGUGGCAGGCCUGUAACGUAACAGGCGGGAAAACAGGACUUAUUCCCAGCCAGUUCCUUGAGGAAAAGCGGAAAGCAUUUGUGAGGAAGGAUUUGGAUGAUGCUGGGAUAUUCUGUGGAACGCUGAGUGGGAGGAGGAAAAAGAAGAAAAUGAUGUACCUCACGGCAAAAAACGCUGAGUUCGAUCGGUAUGAGCUGCAGGUGUACGAGGAGGUGGCGCGGAUGCCACCGUUCCAGAGGAAAACCCUGGUUCUGAUUGGUGCUCAGGGAGUCGGCCGCCGAAGCUUAAAGAAUCGUCUGAUCGUUUUGAACCCACUGCGGUUUGGCACCACUGUUCCCUUCACAUCGCGGAGCCCACGGGAAGAUGAAAGAGACGGCCAGUCCUACUGCUUCGUCUCCAGAGCUGAGAUGGAAAUGGACAUCAAAUCGGGUCGUUAUCUAGAACAUGGUGAAUAUGACGGAAAUCUUUAUGGAACCAAGAUCGAUUCCAUCCACGACGUAGUGCGUACAGGACGCACAUGUAUCCUCGAUGUAAACCCACAGGCUCUGAAGGUGCUGAAGACGGCCGAGUUCAUGCCCUUUGUGGUUUUUAUCGCUGCUCCUGAACUUGAUGUGUUAAGAACAAUGCACAAAGCUGUGGUUGACGCUGGCAUCACCACCAAGCUACUGACGGAGUCAGAUCUUAAGAAGACUGUGGAUGAAAGUGCUAGAAUAAGGAGAGCAUAUAGUCACUACUUUGACUUGACCAUAGUCAAUGACAAUUUGGACAAAGCAUUUGAGGAGCUGCAGGCUGCAGUGGAGCAGCUGUGUCUGGAGCCACAGUGGGUCCCUGUCAGCUGGGUUUACUAACUUCACAACACACUGGCCGCACCGGGCUUCAGAUUCAUCAUCAUCAUCAUCAUCAUCAUCAGUACCUCCUCCUGUGACUGGGCCCCACAUCUCAUGCACACGCGCACACACACACACACACACACACACACACAAGCACAAGGGUGACAAAGGCAGUGAGUGGAUGCACACAC